AUGGCUCUCACAUUGUCGGUCGUUCUGGCAUGCGCCGGGGUCGUUCUGGGCUCCGUCCACCCUCCAGCAUAUGGACAUCACCCACAGCCUGCUUACGCUCAUCAUGCGCCUGCCUAUGGUCAUCAUGCACCUGCUUACGGCCACAAGCAUGCCUAUGAGCACGCUUACUGCGACCCAAGUUACGCUGACGUCGCCGACCAGUCUGCUGACGACCUGGUAGACAUGAUUACCAAGGACCAGGAGGAGGCCUUCGACUACUCUUACUACACUGGGGCCUCCACUGGGGACUCUCCCUACGAUGCCACCCACUGGGCUGGUCCUGAGGGUUACAUCUGUCCCGCCGAAGUGGUGUAUGCCAUGCCCAAGCGUGCCCAGAAUGUGGAAGGCAAGUGGCGCGUCAUUGUCAACGACGUUCACUAUUACAGCCAGACUGCCCGCCUCGAGACUUGUCUGUUCCCAGAGGCUGCUUGCCGCGCCCUUGCUCCUUGCUACCAGAGCCACUGCACCCAGAAGUCAGUGUACCACCGACUCCUCUCCUACGACCCAUGUGACCCCUACAGGGGCCUCUUCAUCGACAUCUACAAGAUGCCAUCUGCCUGCUCAUGCCACCUUCCCGCCUAACACGCCACCACAAAAGCUUCUCAACGAAUCGCCUCUUCACACACAAACACUCCAUGGCCACCACCCAACCAUGUACAACUUCUGAUGGCUCUUCAAGCGGAAGAGAACACCCACGUGACUGGAGAACUGCUUUCUUCACGUAGCGCCAGUAGUUAUGCCAGGAACCGAAGGGACACUCCUGCCGCUGCUCUUUCUCUCCUCUUCAACCAUGUAAAGUCCAUUGUUACAUUUUUAUGAACAAAUCAUU